GGCUAGCAGUGAGCCUCUCAAACACAGGAGGGAAGCCUAAGCCUUAACAAGGUUGUCUACUUCGGCACAAUGCUGUUUCCCAAAAAAGUGAGGCUACUGCUGCUCCUGCUUUUCCACAUAGUGAUCUUCGCUCUGUUCUUCCAUAUGUACAUCCACAGUGUCAGCUCCCUGCCCAGGAAGGAGGAGCCGAAGCGCAUGCACGUGCUGGUCCUGUCUUCAUGGCGCUCUGGCUCUUCUUUUGUGGGGCAGCUUUUUGGGCAGCACCCAGAUGUCUUCUACCUGAUGGAGCCUGCCUGGCAUGUGUGGAUGUCCUUCACAGACAGCACAGCCCAGAGACUGCACAUGGCUGUGCGGGACCUGAUACGGUCAGUCUUUCUGUGUGACAUGAGUACCUUUGAUGCCUACAUGAAACCUGGUCCCCGGAGACAGUCCAGCCUCUUCCAGUGGGGUGUCAGCCGAGCCCUGUGUUCUCCACCUGCCUGCAACAUCUUCCCACGGGACAAGAUCAUCCCACAGGCUCAAUGCAAACUCCUGUGCAAUCGACAGCCCUUUGAGGUGGUGGAGAAGGCCUGCCACUCCUACAGCCAUGUGGUGCUCAAGGAGGUACGCUUCUUCAACCUGCAUUCCCUCUACCCACUGCUGACAGACCCUUCCCUCAACCUACACAUUGUGCACCUGGUCCGGGACCCCCGGGCUGUGUUCCGUUCCCGAGAACGAACUGAGGGGGAACUCAUGAUUGACAGUCGCAUUGUGCUGGGACCGAGUUGGCACAAACUCAAGAAGGAGGAUCAGCCCUACCACGUGAUGCAGGUCAUCUGCCAAAGCCAGCUGGAGAUCUACAAGGCCAUCCAGUCCUUGCCCAAAGCCCUGCAGCAACGCUACCUGCUCAUGCGCUAUGAGGACCUUGUCCGGGCCCCUCUGACCCAGACGUCCCGAAUGUAUGAAUAUGUGGGGUUGAAAUUCUUGCCCCAUCUCCAGACCUGGGUGCACAAUCUCACCCAAGGCAAGGGCAUGGGUCAGCAUGCCUUCCACACAAAUGCCAGGAACGCCCUCAACGUCUCCCAGGCUUGGCGCUGGACUCUGCCUUUUGGAAAGGUUUCUCAACUUCAAAAAGUCUGUGGUGAUAUAAUGAAUUUGCUGGGCUACCGCCAUGUCAGCUCUGAACAAGAGCAGAGAAACCUGUCACUGGAUCUUCUGUCUACCUGGACCCUCUCUGAAGAAAAACUACCAGGAGGGCUGAGGAGGUACUAG